AUGAAGACCAGUGUUAUUUCUCUAAUAGCUCUCGCUGCAGUUGCCACUGCUGCUGCUGUCCAACCAGGGGCUCACUCUAAUACAAACGCCGUUCCCAACAUUGUGGUCUCGCCCCCAGGGGACGGCAACGGAGCGAUUGACAACACCGUCAGGCCGAAUGAUAACAACCGGCUGGGACAGUAUUGGAUGCAAUACGGUGACACGCAAGACUACUUGCAAAAUCCAGUCGAUCCCGUCUGGGAAGCGUUGGGUUGGCUACAAGUGUCGUAA